AGAGUGGGUACGGCUCUAAAUCCAUGAUAUGCAAUUGCAAGAUAUAGAUACAAUAUAAGAACACCAACGAUGAUCGCACUUACGUACGCUUUACAUAAAUGAGAUAAUCUCUCAUGGUACAGAAUUGUGUAGAGUAAGGAUGAGUGGCCGCGAUCUUUUUGGUCAGCAUCUACCAAGAAUCGUGUGCUCUGUCACAACUUUAAACUGAUCUUUCAAGAAUGCGCCUUCUUGAAUGCGUAGAAUAUUUCGUUUUGUAUACUCGGCAAAUACGUUUCGUCACAUUUGACGCGUAGUACUUCCCCUACUCCAGAUGUCCCAUAUCUUGGCGCUGACCAAAAGGAUCGCGGUCUCUGGGGACAAUGGAAAAACUCCCGCCACUGGAAUUUACAAGUGGAGGAGUACUGGGUCAGGCCCUGAGAUUAUGCCUCUCAGGCUUUCCCAUUCUCCCUCGAUACCAAGAUUCGCUUUCGGUUUCGCGAACUGAUGUGCAGCAAGAAAAUAUGGUCUGGGUCAUAAUCUCUUCUGCGCAGUAAAUCAAACAGAAACUGAACAGUAACAAAAUUCAGAAGAACUAUGGUUAUCAAUCUUCAUUGUCAUAUGCAUCAGCUUUGUUUGGGCUGUUUCCUUCAUUGCAUAAGUUCCCUGGACUCAGCGCUUCAGAGUAAUAAUAAAAAAUUUACUCCUUCUCUGAAAUUUUCAUUAUAUUCUGUGAUUAGGGUCGCAAAGCGCAUUACUCGUCAGUCAGUUUAAAAACAUUUGCCGGUUAUUCAAUUAAUUACAUUAUUGCCUUCUAACGGGGGGUAUAUUAUUUCCAGCAUAGACUUUUGUUCGCUUUAUUUCACGCCCGCAAUAAACACAGUUCAUGACAUGUUGAUCAUAUUAAGGUCAGACCAAAUGUAAGGAAACUAUUUUCAACACAUUGUUAUUAAUCGAUCUCAAAUUAUUUCGAGGUUUCUGAAUUUAUAGCAACAAAGGAACAAUGGCUUAGCUCCAAUUAAUUUAGAACACCAACUACUGUAUUUUUUUUAUUAUCUUGGCGGUAUAACUGACAGGUAUGCCUUGUAGGGGUCCUUCGUAAUGGACUUAUCUCUGAUCGAGUCGUUUGGAUACAGGCUGAUCUGUAAACUGAGCACGAAAACACCUUUCCUCUCCCCGUAACGCGCACAAAGCUAGGUAGCUCUAGAUGACUGCCACGUUAAUAUUUCAAAAAGCUUUGUUUGUUGGAAAAAUUAAAACGAGAGCUCUUUAUUGGAGAUUAGUUUCGUCUUACUUCGCUUGUUGUCACAAGUUUGGAGCACCUUUUUUGCGGUCAAACUUGAAUAAAAUUGGCAGCGACAGAUCAUCUCAUUAUAUAAACUCUUAAAUCACUGAUAGAGAUCGUAAGUAAAAACUUUCACUUCAAAUAAACUUGGAGUGCAUUCUAAUUUUACUUCUAACUCACUUAGCUUUUCAGAGGCAGUUAUAACAAGACGAGAACAAACUGAAACACGCUGUCAAAACCCUGUGAACACUGCGUGUUCCUAGCAGUUCUUAAGCCUCCAUAAUGAAAACUGUUUUAGUUCUCUCGAACAAAGGACAUUCAUAAAAACAAAAAUAGACUGCCUAUCUAAAUAAUAGCACAAUGAUUUAUUUCUAAUUACGGGACACUAAGAACUUUGGUGUAGUCGGUACAUUUGUUCGUACAGGCGGCUUAUUGUCACUUGAGCAUUUGGGGCUUGCACAGUUGGUUGAACAGACGUGAGAAAAAAUGGAAGAGGCGUCCAAAAACUCUUCGCUUACUUUUAAACAGAGAAAUUGUGCUCAAAGAAACUCGCUUCUGCGUCAUAUGAGCCAAAAGAUAAAUGCUUCUAUACAAAGCCAGCACAAUCAGUUUGAAAGAAGCAUGGAUUUUGAAGCUAAAAAGUUACGGAAAAAGCUCACACUAAUGAUACCAAAUACAGUGAACAAUGCAAGAACUCAGACCGCUUGGAAGGAGGAAAAUUGCGAAGAGAAUGGUCAAAAUAAACUUAAGUUACCGGUAAUAAAAAAAGAACCAAGCUCGGCGCCAUGUUCUCCAACGCUGGUUCAACGAAAAUCGCAUUUCACUUGGAACAACCUCAACAUGUUGCCUCCAAGUCCAAGCCCGUUGAUGCUUCGACGAGCGUCAUAUAACGACAUUAGUGACUCGCCAAGAAGUUCACCGGUCAUGACGCGUAAGGUAAGUCGGUCCCUUUCAUAUCGAGAUCGCCUGCGUCCUGCAUUGAUACCGUUGUCACCUCCUCCGCCUACGACAGAAGAUGUUAAUGGCAGGACUUCGCCAUCUUUGGUACCAAGAAACCUCAAGUUAAGGGAACAGGCUCGACGAGAAGGCCUUCACAAAGCGGAGCAAACCGAGAUUGAAUCGCCACAAAGUCCAACACUAGAAGAUCAGUUUAACUCUCUUGGAACUUGUCGGUAUCUCCGGCGAGCUACAAUAGAAAUUGUGGAAACCCUGGCUGCUGAAGAAAAGCAUGACACAUAAAAGUAACUAGAAAAAUGAGCGUCCUUUCCAAUUGCAGUGACAGAAGAGAAAAUUUAUUUUUCCUAUGAGCAAGUGGUAGUAGCACUUUGGUAUCGCGCUAGGGGUUAGCAGGUACAUAGACGACCAAUAUUUUCAUUUGCCACGUUUCUAUUGUUUUGGUAUUUCAGAGAGGUCUUUUAAUCGUGGGCAGAACACUCGAGAAAGAGCGUCAUGACAACAGCAGGUUUAUAUCGAGAAAUAAAUCUGAGCAGCUUUUAAUUCUGGUGCUUGCUGAUCGUCAAACGCGUCAACUGAUUUCAGCAAUGAUCACGUUUUAUGUUAAAUCUGGCUUUGCACAGGGUGCGUGUACAUAUUAUUGCAAUUGCAAUUGCAAUUGCAAUUGCGUCUGCCCGGCUGUAAACUGUAUUUAUGUACAAAUUUUAGAAUCGAUCAACUAUAUCUUUCAAUUGUGAAAAUGAACCAAAACAACCGUAAACUCUUCACCCAGCACAAAAGAGUAGCAAGGGCGUUUUAAUUUAGAUUGUUCAAAACUUAACUUAGCCGUUUAAUUAGCCGCCAUUCGCAUAAAUAAGCCAAAAUUAAUUACGUGCUCAAUUAUAUUAUCAUUUAAAUACCAAAACAUCAAAGCAGAUACUGCGUUAAAUUCCUUCUACUUCUAUGACUGACUACCAAAACAAUUGCACGCUGCUGUACAAAGCAAUAUAAAUUACUAAAAUGCAUGGACUUAUUUAAUUAUUCAAGUUUUCAUGACAUCAGGGGGCGAGCUAAAGACGCCAAACUCUAAUUUCUGUUGUUUAGAUACAUCCAUUUAUGGAUUAAAAUAUAAUAAAAUAUUUGACUCAUUGUUUGGAUUGUACAUCUCCUUUUCGAAUUAUUCAAGCAUGUAAUUACUUUUAAAGCUCUCUGUUGCCUUACAAAAUCAGAGCCUGUAGGUAAAAAACCCCUAGGCGGUUCGGAAGUGCGUCAAAACGUUGCUAGCUCCAAAGAACUCGGAGACUCAAAAUUACAACGCCUUAUCAAUCACUGCUUUUGUUGUUUAAAUCAAGUUGUUUUAAUGCUAACUAGUUUGCAUUUACAUUAGAAAAAACAGAGGCUUGUAUCAAAGCAAGGUCACCUCCAGCCUCGCUUGCAUUCACAGGUCAGGUAACUGAGCACACAACCGUCUGUAAAAUGGCCUUUUCUCUAUUUCCAAUAUUGCCCAUGAUUCGCUUAGUUUGGCUUAAAAUAUUGUUGUGAAAUGCUCUUAGGAUUUCUCCAUAUUCCCAAGUGUAUUUCACAACAAUAAUUUUUGUAACAUUUGGGGGGCAGACAGUGAAUUAUGGGCAAUUAGAAAAUAGAGAAUUGCGCGCGCCAUGGAAAAACCUAUACCGCUAAUCAACCUCUUUCCCAGGCUCUGUCUCCUUUGCCUUCCUUGUAUGAGGAGAGAGGAAAGAAGAGAGAGUCUGGGAUCGAGGUUGCCCGCUUAGACGAAAAUGAUGUUCAACGUAAAAUAAAGUUGUUAAAAGAAAGGAAAACAAACUUGGCUGGAAGAAUGUCUUUUAUGCAAUUUGUUUAGCUUACUAUUGGAGCCGACGCUUCCUCGUGAAAUCUCGAUUAAAAGUAAGACACUUGCAAGCAGAUAUUGCCAUAGGUAUUUUAUUCACUUUCUGUUAACUGGUAUAUUUUUUGCCAUUAAUUUUAAUUACUGAUUGUCUGCUGGUAGAAAGCAAUGUAAAUAAGGGAUAACAUAACAUUUUAGUAGCUCGUCUAGAAUAAAAGAACUGAAGAUUUCAGAAAAAGAGAUAAAUGCGUACAAUUUUUAAGAUUUCGUUUAAUUUGGAAAAGAAAUCUGAAACAGUUAUAACCGAAUAAGUUAAUCCAUUACAAUAACAUUUUCAAUUAAUAAAACGUAAAAUUGCUAUCACUGGCUGGGCUUCACAAUAGAGACAGAUAAUUUGCCUCAUAUGAUUGUCCAUCUUAAAAGCCAGACUCGCCUAACAUCAAAACGGAAUGAAUACAACUUUGGACGAUAUUUAUCGCACUAAUCCGUCCGAGGAUAAGGAGAAGUAUACGGACAUCAUCAGUUUUUUCAUAUCAGACAAGUUAUGCGUCUAACACUGUGAUAAUUGUGUGGCUUUUUGACGUGUUGUCAUCAGUUUGUGACAAGUAAGGCUAUCCUUUUCGACUGUGAAAACUGCCAUUAACAUUUCCCGGUGAUUUUGUUUAACUAAAUUCUUAUUACUUUUAGCAUUUUUUAGAACAUCGUGUAACGGAUAGAGAGCUUUGCACCAAUAAAAAAAUGUAUUUUUUACUUCAAUUGGCAACUAAUGAGUUGACUGGGUGAUUCCCUUUUGAACAGAGAAAACAAAAAUAUAUUAUUUUAUAUAUUUAUCGUGGUCACAUUAGUCACAUUGACUAACCCUAAUUUAACGGAAACAAUGUUGCUACAACAGAAACUCUGCCCAAACAGAAACGGUUUUAGAUCGAACUCUCACUUGUGAGAAUCAGUUGCGCCCGCCAUGUGGUCAGCUAGAUUGCUAAGUAGCAUGGCAUAUGAGGUAUCCUCAUGAGGACAACGAGCCGACGUGACGUCACGUCGGGAUUACACGUGCUAUUAAACUCGGAAA